CUUUCCAGCGGGCAAACAUUUUUUGUGCUGAUUCAGGACUUGCGUAUGUAUCUUAAAUUUAAAUAUCUUAGAUUUACUCUGGUUCUAAAUGGUCAGGGAAAGGAUGAAAUUGCAACACGGAUAACGGCAACUAGAAAUAUAUUUUUUCGAUUGACGAAACGUUUAUGGAACUGUCGCGAAAUCAUUAUAAAAAUGAAACGUCCAUAUAGCUGCAAUUCGCUCGAUCUUGCUAUUGGUUCGAAUACGGAGGAAUGCGAUGAUUACUGUUAUAAAAUUACUGCUUCAGCAGCAGCUCUUAUCAGUAUAGAUAAAGCUGGGUGUUCAAAGUGGAGAUGCAUGCUUGCACGAAACACUUGUCGAAGUAUGAAUCUCCAAGGAAUUCCCAUAAAUUUUUGCUGCUGCAAUACACGCGAUCUUUGCAACGAAUAA